AUGGAACCAUCAGACAUGUUUAACCCACCCGGGACCCUCGGGUCUUUUCUGACAUCCUACGAAGAAAAUUCGCCCAAAGAUUCAGCAGGCACACAGCCAGAAAUGCUAGUAAGGGACCUUCGCAAGUUGACCCUCAGCCCUACUGCCAAACUUCCUUACCCUCCACCAGAGGAUCGUCCUCGGGUCCAGCACCAAAAGGAAAGAGUGGUUCAGGAGAGUAGAGAUGACUUUCCCAAGCAGAGAGGGGUCCGGACAUUAUUGUCAGUGCAGAAAGACCCAAAGGCAAAAAUGAAAAGAUUGAUCCGGAUUGAAAAAAAACUAAGAAGCACUGCUCUCAAGGGAGAUCAGGGUGCAAGAAGCGAGCCAUUCAAAUGCACCUGCACCUUCUGUACAUAUCAGGGAUGGGAUCCUUCUGAGAAUGCUAAACUGGGAUGUGAUUAG